AUGCCCAAACUAUUCAAGGUCGAGAUUGCAAACAAUGGCGACUACAAAGGCUCAUGUCCCAUCUUCUACCCAAGUGAUCUCAUUCAUGGAAUGGUCUACCUCACCCUCGACAAGCCCAUGACCCUCCCCGCCCUCAAGAUCGUUUUCCGAGGCGAGUCCAACUACCCGUCUUCAAAACAGCAGGACCACCUCGAUCAUCAUAUGCGUCGGCUAUUCAGUGUCGCCAUGACCCUCUGGGGAUCCCGGGAAGCGCUGCCAGAGGAUCAAUGGGGUCAACUCCCUGCUGGAAACCAUAUAUUCCCCUUCACGGUUCAGUUGCCUGACAAGAACUUGCCAGCGUCUUUUGACCACCCAUGGCUCAAGAACCAGUACACUCUCACGGCUUACUACCGACGACCUAAUGGGCUUUCUAAAUGGCAAUCCAAGGCCAAGCCGAUUCAUUUCAUGCCGCUGUCGACCACAGGAGUAGAACAUGGACCCAUUCAGGAAUCGUGUCCCAAGAUGGGCACCGCUCUGUUACUUUCACAUCCGGAUCUGACCCCUGGAGGACGAGUCCAUGUCCGUCUAACCGCGGCAGCUGCGAUCGACCGGUGUCAGUUUGCAUUGACGAGGCAUAUACGGGCCAGGAUCAACGAUACCCUUUACCAGGAGGACGAGACUAUUUGUCAUUACGAACGGAAAUCGAUCCCCAAGGGCGAACUCUCGCUGGUCCUACCCAUCCCCAAGAUCACCCCACCCACCACAGAGUCGUCGAGUGCGUUGAAGAUUACUUAUUCGGUUCAGGUCUCGAUCUGGAACGAGCGGUUCUUUUUCAAGACGGACAGUCAUAACUUUGAUUUCCCCAUUGCCAUCAGGACACUCCCCUCGUGCGACAACUCGACUUGCGAGGGACUGGAUUGGUGCGAACCCAGCGUCGACCGGCCCACUUUCCUCACAGAGAUCCCGAUGCAACCGUUGCCGCUCUAUGAUGCCGACCAAUGCCCGCCUCAGUACACAUUGGACCUCCCGGCUUACGAACAGGUCGUCUCUCCUUCACCCACCGAUUCUGUCGAGACGUUUUCUAUCCACAGCGUCAGCAGCACUAGCAGCGACGAACAGCAAACAGGAUCCUCCCCAAGGUGUCGGCAUGCGCAUCAUCUUGGACCUAAUCAUAGUCAUAGUCAUUCCCAUAUUCCUUCUGCAGACAGUGAGUUUUCCUCUUCAUCGUCGUCUUCGUCAUCACCAUCGUCGUCGUCGUUGGCUGAGGAUGCCAUUGCCCGCUUUAAUAUCCAGGUCGUCCACGAUGACCAUGUAUCAUAUUAA